UACAUCAACGCAAGGGAAAUGUACAAAGUGUGAAUUCUUUCUUCUGAAACGGAACCAGAGCAAGCGUGAGUGGUUUCAUCGAUCGAGUCGAAGCGUAGCGUGAUUUUCUGACUGGUGGUGAAACACGGAACGAACGCCAAGUGGGUGUGGGUGUAGUGUAGUUCAGCUUUGGGGAUUUUGCCAAUGGUAAUUUCAUGGCCAUUUGUUUGCAUUCCGUCACCUGAUAGGAAAGCGAUUGUGCUACGCUGAAGGUAGAAACGAGCUGCACUGAGCUAUCUUAUUCGCACGCAGGAAUAAUUGAGACAAACGGUAACAAGGUUGCGUACGAAACGGUGAUUUCCUAGUUGGUUUUUUGCUUGGAGCGAUUUGAUUGCAAAAUCACCUGCCAGUUCUACACUGUUUCACACAAUUGGAUCCCCACAGUUUGAACAGGAUAGCGAACACUCCCAUCGGAAAGACGAUGAACUACGACGUGCUGUUAAAUCGUACCGGAUUCAACAAGCUGUCCAUUACACCCCAGCACUUCCGGAGCGUUUCCGAAGGUGAUUCGCGACACCGUGACCAGCCGCAGGUUGCUGACCAAGGGAACGAUGGAACGAAAACUCCUGGGAGGAAGAUUUCACUGCCACCGCACGCACACCGCCAUGAAACCGUUUCCGCCUCGUGUAGUCCGAUGCGAGGUGGUCCCUCUUCGAACCAACCUGUAGGUGGUCCAGGUGAAGAGUUCAAGGGUAAGGUGGAGUCGAAACUGUUAACCAUGUGGAACAACAUGAAGUUCGGUUGGAGCUAUAAAAUGAAGACCAAUUUUUCGAAAGAGCAACCUUUGUGGCUGCUGGGUCGAUGCUACCAUCAGAAGGCAACACCCGGACCAUCAAUGGAAAGCUCGGUAGAGCUUGGCACGUCGGGUCCGGAUGGCCAGCUGAUGAUACUGCAGAACGUUUACUUGGCCGAAGGAUCCAACUCACCACCGGAGGAAACGGGUACCGACGCCAUUGAGGACAGCAGUCCGGAAGCGAUCAUAGAGGAGGAAGGAAUUGAAGCGUUCCGAAGGGAUUUCAUAUCGCGCAUUUGGAUGACGUACCGACGGGAAUUUCAAACGAUGGACGAUUCGAACUAUACGUCCGACUGUGGCUGGGGUUGCAUGAUACGAAGUGGGCAGAUGCUGCUAGCGCAGGGUUUAGUGGCACAUUUCCUUGGCCGCAGUUGGCGCUGGGACGUGUCGAUGUUUACGGUAUACGAGGAGAGUAUACACAGGAAGGUGAUCCGUUGGUUCGGAGACACAUCUUCGAAAACGAGUCCCUUUUCCAUUCACACGCUGGUUUCGUUGGGGAAGGAAUCGGGCAAAAAGCCUGGCGAUUGGUACGGUCCGGGAGCGGUAGCACAUUUGUUACGACAGGCGGUACGUUUGGCAGCACAGGAAAUUACCGAUUUGGAUGGAGUAAACGUUUACGUUGCCCAGGAUUGCGCUGUUUACAUACAGGACAUUCUUGACGAGUGCACGGUUUCGGCACCACCGCCUGUAGCGCCCUGGCAGCAAAAGUGUAUGGCUGGAAGUAGUAGAACCACAGCACACCCGACCAAUGUGGAUAAAAGCGGCAGUUCUCCCAGCGCAGAUGGUGAUGAUGAAGGACAAUCCGCUCACUGGAAGUCAUUAAUUUUGCUUGUACCGCUUCGGCUCGGUACUGACAAGCUUAAUCCCAUUUACAACGAAUGCCUUAAGGCGAUGCUAAGUUUGGACUACUGUAUCGGCAUUAUUGGCGGAAGACCGAAGCACUCGUUGUACUUCGUUGGAUAUCAAGAGGACAAACUAAUACAUCUUGAUCCGCACUACUGCCAAGAUAUGGUCGACGUGAAUCAGGAAAACUUUCCAGUCACCUCGUUUCACUGUAAAUCACCACGUAAGAUGAAGCUAAGCAAAAUGGAUCCUAGCUGUUGCAUUGGCUUUUACUGUGAAACGAAGAGGGACUUUUAUAAGUUUAUCGACAGCGUAAAACCGUUUUUAAUACCCGUUUAUCAAGGCAAUCAAGAAACAGGAUUCGCGAACCCAUCCGGAUCAUCGAACAGCUCCGUCAGCUACCCGAUGUUUGUGUUUUGUCGUGGGAAAAGUAGCGAGCAGCGGGCCGAUCUGCCAGGACAGCAGCCUCAAUAUUCUCACCCGACGGCUUAUCGAUCACCUCCGACGGCUAUACCACAGCACAUGGUCGCAGGAAACGAUGAGGACGAUGACGAAGAAGAAGAUGAGGCGAUAGAGUUCGUCAUUCUAUAACAACACGUUGGAGCAAAAGGUACUAAUGGGAUUCAUAAAGCUAGAUAUGUUUAGCCGAUGAUUGGUGGUUCCUUGUCAUCAAACCGGGUCAACUGCAUAACAUUUAUUCUGCCUGUUCUAUACAACAACAUUCCACACAGGCAAUCGAAUGGGUAUAACAUCUGUUGCGUUUGGUACAACACGAGCAACUAGGUGACCAGACAUGAAACACAGGUUUCAGUUCGGCAUAAGAGCAAGAAAAGUAAUGUUCUAGAGAUCUAGAGAGCAAGUAAUGGAUUACCGUAGAAAAUUGUACUUAUAUUGUGAUUGUAUCGCUUAAGAUGGAUGGAACCGUGCAAAUUGCUCCGUUGUUUAACGAGAACUACCUUACUCCUACCUAUGCAGACUGGCACUCCGCUUACAUAUUGCAAAGAAGUAAACAAAUAUCUGUACCAUAGGUAUGUUAUAACAUUUAGUUAUGGAAGAUUUUAUUUAUUGUGCAAUGCAUGUUUUGCCGCGCUUGGUUUACUUUCGAUUAGAGUUAAGCGUAAUAUUUUAUGUUCGUACUUACUACCGAUUGAAAGACGCAUGAACAUAUGCAAACCCAAAUAUUGUACCGUGUAGAGUUGGAAGAUUUUUUACAUAUAAAAUA